CUCAAAUGUUCCAUCAAAGGGUGAACUUGGGAAAUGUGGGUAUGAAUAAACAAACAACAGCAACAAAGUCUUGGACACACGAUCGAAAUGAAGAAUAGUACUGGGUGGGUGGGUCGAGCAUGCGCAGUUCACUCACUGCUCGGCUCGGUUCGGUCAAAAAAAAACGCAGAGACGGCUCGGCGAGGAAAGACGGAGCGACGCGGGACAAGAAGGGGGGGAAAUGAGCAACAUGGAUACGAACGUCCGAUUACAGUCGUGUGAAAGUUUCUCCUGCGAGCCACGUUAUCCCAAUGGGUGUCGUGCUUGGGAAUGAGGAGAAAUCCAGUCAACUGCAGCACGAGGAAGGACGUGACAGCGGUGCGAGUUUGGAAUUGCGAUCCUUCAAACCAUCUGAAAGCCGUAUUUCCCCAGUUGAGUUCCAACGGACGCGAUGUCACCCGUCGGGAGGAAUUCCUGCGCUUGACUCGCUUCGGUUCCUCGUCGAUUCUGCCGCAGUGGAGCAGAGACGAUGGGAGAUGCGGCGCACGACGGCGGCGUUAGGCGGACCUUCAUCGUCCCUGCCAUAAGGAGCUUUGAGCACUAUGACUUCACCAGGGCGAAGAUCUCCUCCAGCCUGACGUGGUUGGUAGCUAAGGCCUUUGGCUCGGACGAAGUGCCAGAUGAGCUGGUGGAGCCUUUCUACAGGGACCAGUACAACCAGGAGCACCUGAAGCCACCGGUGGCCAGCCUACUCCAGUCUGCUGAGCUCUACUGCCGAGCGGGAAGCCUGAUUCUUCGAAGCGAUGCCGUUAAACCUUUACUGGGUCACAACGCCGUCAUCCAGGCUCUGGCCCAGAAAGGUUUAUAUGUCACUGACCAGGACAGGCUGGUCACAGAGAGAGAUCUGACCAGCACGCCUCUACUCAUGACAUCCCACCUGGCACUGAUAGACACGCUGAUGAUGGCCUACACGGUGGAGAUGAUGAGUGUGGAGCGGGUGAUGUCCUGCGUCAACAGACAUUGUUCGGCGGAGCCCUCGCACGUCGACGAGCAAGUCCUCGAGCAGCCUUACGACACGGAGGAUGCCAUCACCACGUGGCUCAACAAGGUGAAUGAACACCUGAGGGACAUUCUUGUUGAAGAGCAGAAGCUGAAAGAAGCCUCCUGUCAAGAAUCAAACUCGACGCCCAAGGCUCGCUACAGGAGGGCGCAUGUCCAGCAGAACAGUGCACCCUUGCUCCCCCUGGUGGACAAUCUCCUGAAGGACAACACAGACGGCUGCGCCCUGGCGGCUCUGCUGCAUUUUUACUGCCCACGGGCUGUUCGAUUAGAAGAUAUCUGCCUGAAGGAGAUCAUGUCGCUGGCUGACAGUUUGUACAACCUCCAGCUGGUGCAGGAUUUCUGCAGGACUAACCUGAACCGCUGCUGCCACUUCAGCCUGGAGGACAUGCUCUACGCGCAUGCAUCCAUUAAGAGUAACUACCUGGUGUUUCUGGCUGAGCUCUUCUGGUGGUUCGAAGUGGUCAAACCCUCGUUCGUACGUCCCAGAGUCUUUGACCCCAACGUCAUCGACCCUGUAAAAUCCCGUCGAAAUAUGGCUCCGGUGUCUAAGCAGAACAAUGUCGACACGCCUGAUAGCCCGGAGGAUGUCUCUGAGGAAGGUGUAAUGAAGAGAUCUACCUCUAUGUCCUUUGUGGACGGUUGUGUUGGGACUUGGCCACAGGAGAGACGCUCUUCCACACGCGGAAUCUCCUUUGAGAUUCCCCUGGAUGGAGACGCCACGGCGCCGUCCGGUGAAGCGCCCUCCCUCCCCGGGAUGACCCGCUCCGCCAGCAGCGAUGGUCUCGGGUUCAGACUUCACUUUGCACCUCGAGGCGGCAUGAAGCGCCACGUGUCCCUCAUGCCGGUCAACGCCAACGGACAAAGUAGAGAAAACAUCGCGGAAGAUGAGGAAGACUUCACUCCCCGCAAACCACUGGGCAGGAACAACACAUUCUCCAUUAAGAAUCAAAGCAGGCACCCCAACGGAGUCCUCCCCGACACCAAUCACCACGGUAACCACGGCGGCCACAUCAGUCCCUCGACCCCCCCGAGCAUCGAGGAAGCGCUCAAAAUUAUCCACGACACAGAAAGGCCCCACGCCAGCCUGGGCGUGGGAGACCGAGACAACGGCUUCUUUCUCCACGACGCUCGACCUUCAGGAUCUUCGGGGGCGCUGCUUCGAGGAGACCACCCGGGUGCAGCCAAGGCCCGGUUCAACGACCGCGACUCCGAUUCGCUCUCAACCGACGACACCGGGAUCCACGUGAAGACGGAGGAAAUCCAUAGCUUGGAUGAGGACUCCUCUCUGAGAGACUAUUCCGAUAUGGACCCGGACUGUGAGCCCAUCACGCGCUCUCGCCCCCUUCAGGAGAGGAACCGGGAAGACCGGCGUAAAGGGGUCGGUGAGUCAAACCCCGGCAGAGGGGAUGGAGAAGACGGGAGUUCGGCUCCCACGCUGGCCAGAUCUCACACCGUCAGCCCCGCCUCAUCCUGCUCCGGCGGCGGCGGCGGCGUGGCGCGCAUGACCAGCUUCGCCGAGCAGAAGUUCAGGAAGUUGGAGGGAAGGAGCAGUGGAGGAACCACCCCGGAGAGUUCCGACGUCAACACGCCAUAUGGGAACAGUUACUCACAGAUGGGAACAGCCCCUCUGCCAAUCACAUCGCCGUCUCCGGUCACGCCUUCUCCCAAAGAUCCCUCCCACCUGAUCGCCUCCGAGAUGAUCCAGCUGAGGAUGAAGCUGGAGGAGAAGCGCCGAGCCAUCGAAGCUCAGAAGAAGAAAGUGGAGGAAGCCUUCACGCGGCACCGUCAGAAGAUGGGCAGAACGGCCUUCCUGAACGUAGUGCGAAGAAAAGGACUCACCAGUCCGCUCGGUCCCCAUUCCGGCCAAGCGCAAACGCCUUCGACAAAGACGCUGAGCAGCCACGGCGGCAUGGAGAGGGCGGAGAGAUGCAAGCCCGACGGCGCGGCUCCCAAAUCGCCCUGUGAAGACGCAGGGGAGUCGGACCUUGCGGAGUACACGCGAUCGAUUGAGAGGCUGAACACGUCACUGGGCUUCCUGCAGACGGAGAUGCAACGACUGGCUCAGCAGCAGGAGAGGAUCAUGUCCAUGAAAGAACAAGAGCAAAAAUCUUGGGUCAUUCCUCCCCCUGCGCCAUCACCGCACAGGCAGCUCCGCGAGUUGCGCAGCAGCAGUGUCACGGGCCGAGCGUCGGCCAGAGGAUCGGUGGGUUCCUUGUCCCCCGUUUUGUCCUCGUCGGGUUCCGCCAAUCCCGUCAGUCGUCCCUCCGCCGGCCUCAAGCGACGGCCCGCCUCGUUCCACGCCAGGACACCUCGGACGCCGCGGCCGAACGAGCUGAAGAUCACACCCAUCAACCGAAUGCUCAACACCCCCACGUCGGUGGACAGCUUACCGAGACUGCGGCGGUUCACGUCGAGCCAGACGCACACCAGCUCAUUUGCGUACCUGGGCUCCGACGAGGGGUGCGGGAAUAGCAAGAGCUUGGAGAGCAAGGAGAGCAAAGAAGACGCUCAGGGCAAAGAAGAGGUGGUGGAGAAAAAUUGCGCUGGCACUUCUCAACCUCCUGCAGCCAGAGAGAAAGAAGAAGGAUCGCGAGAGCCAGAAGACGGUCGGCGGAGAAAUGAAAAGUCGAGUACUCCAGAGGUCUUGUGUCAACCCACGUCUGAGAUCCAAGGCAACAAACACCCUCAGGAAAAGAAAGAACUGGUGAAGGUGACGCUGUCUGGACUCUGGACUCCAGAGAGCCAAGCUCAGGAGACAGCUGGAGAGGACCAGAAGGUGUGCUGUGGGUUCUUUUUUAAGGAUGAUGCAAAAGAUGAAGAGGACAUGGCGGCAAAGAAAGCGGCUCUCCUGGAGAAGAGGCUGAGGAGGGAAAAGGAGACGCAGGAGAAGAAGCAACAGCAGGAGCUGGACCAGGAGCAGAAGAAGGAAGCCGCUCGGUUGAAAGCAGAGGAAGAGCAACAGAAGAGGGACGAUGAAAAGGAGAGGAGAGAUUACAUCAAGAAUGAGUAUCUUCGGAGAAAACAGCUCAAGCUGAUGGAGGACAUGGAUCACGUGGUCAAGCCCCGAUGUGGAAGUCUAAAGAAGAAGCCUCGCCCAAAGUCCAUCCACAGGGAUGUUAUGGAGUCCUCCACUCCCGCUGUGAGAGGAACAGGGGUACGUCCUCGAGGCUACUCGGUGUCGAGCGUUUCUUUGGCCUCCUUGAAUCUGACCGACAACGAGAGCAACCAUCCAGAUAACAAGAAGUACUACAGAGGCAAUAAAGUAGCACCUUCUCACGUUCCGUUCUUUCUAAACUCUCCUAAAGAACGAAAAGGAAGGCCCGAGUCUUCCGAGGGCUUCUCCUCGUGCCCCUCUGCCGGUAGUCGUAACGGAGAGAAGGAUUGGGAAAAUGAUUCGACCACUUCCUCAACUCCGUCCAACACUGAGUACACAGGACCCAAACUAUAUAAGGAGCCCAGUGCUAAGUCCAACAAGCACAUCAUCCAGAAUGCUCUGGCCCACUGCUGCCUGGCUGGAAAGGUCAACGAAGGGCAGAAAAACAAGAUCAUUGAUGAAAUUGAGAAAUCCGAAGCCAAUAACUUUCUGGUGUUGUUCCGUGACACUGGCUGCCAAUUCCGAUCGGUGUACGCCUACUGUCCCGAAACGGAGGAAAUCACGCGGCUGACCGGGAUCGGGCCGAAGACCAUCACCGCCAAGAUGAUCGAGCGGCUUUAUAAGUACAACUCGGACAGGAAGCAGUUCAGCCAGAUCCCAGCCAAAACCAUGUCGGCCAGCGUGGAUGCCAUCACCAUUGCCAGUCAUCUGUGGCAUAACAAGAAGCAGGGCACGCCCAAAAAGAUGCACUUAAAGUAGCACCAGAGAACCACAGUCUCUGGAAUACGGAGAGCCGUUUGAGCAUUUGUUCGAUAUCCUUAGUAUGCAGGUUGAAGUUCACCUACUAGUAGUACGACGAUCUUUGUCCUCAUUAGUAAGAUAAUUCAGUGCACUAGCAGAGAAACCUUCUUCAGAGGGUAAUUUUUUUUUUCCACUGCAGUGAAUUUGUCUACUUGCAGGUUUUUGGGGGAGACUCAUUCACUGUCUUUGUGCUCAGACCAAAGCCAUGUCGUGUGUGCCAUGUUGGGCCCAAGGAAUUAUAUAGGCGAGGCGAGGAGCUUCGUUUUGUCAGGCCAUAGCCUUGUCUAGUUGUUAAAAGUGCUUUGUUGCCAUCUUGUGGCCUCUAUAUGCAAUUGCAAACCUUUUUGGGUGGGUGUCUACUCGUCGAUGCUGCCUUUCAAAACCGUUUAUCAUCUUUGCACACCAGUAGGACAACUUUGGCAUGCCACUCGUUCAACUGCAUGUUACGAGUGAGGCAAAAUAGUGCACAAGUUGACACCUGCCUUCUACUGGUACUGAUAGUGACGCACUAGAUAUUAACCAUAAGCAUUUUAUAAUGUCACUAGUUUUGCCUCACUACUAGCGUACUUUUUCUACUAGUUUACCAAAGUUAUAUAUGAAUGAAAUGCUCAAACCGCUUUCCACACUGGAAACACUUUGAAUUCUGAGAUUUCAACUGGAAUGUGGGCGACAAAUGAAUACAGGACUUCAACGGCCGCCAUGUUUUCCUCAUGUGCCAAAACGAGUCGAAAAAAAGGCAACUGACGGCCUCGAUGAAACUCCGAAGUGAAUGUCCCGCCUCCCAAAGAGGCAGCGUGGAUUCUAUGAGCUGAUCAUGUGCGGCCUUAUGCUUGUUUUGUGUCUCUGGGAUGUGUUGUCAGUGAUCAUGUCGUUUUUGUCAGCGCCUGUUUGAGUUCACAUUGGAAGCGGGCCGUGCAAAGGCCCCGCCUGUCUGAUCGGGAUCAGAUAGAGUCAGCCUGUACAACUAUUGCUAUACAGGCAUGUUUUUAUUUCAUUUUUUUAUUUUUUGUAUGUGUUUCAGGUGCCAAGAAGAGUAUUUGCCAUUUCCAGUAAUUAACAACCCAUUUUGGAAUGCACCAGUAAAAAACUCUUUAUUUAUUUCACUUGUUAUUAUGUGUCCAACAUAAUAUAGUUAAUGUCUUAAAUUUAUUUGUAUAUCAUUGCAAGUGUUAUUUCUAGCAGCCUUUGUGUAGCUUUUCUAAUUUAACAUCCGUAUGCAUUGUUCCUAUGUGUUCAAUCGUGGCCUUUUAUUAAGUCCCAACUUUUUCCCCAUUACUAUUAUUAUUUUCUUUUAUUUUAAAAUUCAAAAAAGCGUGCUCCAUCAUCAGUUUCACUGCCUGACAAAAAUCCCUUCUUGUCCAAUGGAAACAUAUGAUCAGUGUUCUCUUAGAUCCCUACUGUCCAUUGUAAAUAUUUGUUUAUUGACUUCUUUAUCCUCAAGUAUGCAUUAGCACUGUACAGAUGUAUUUUGGCAUACAGUAAACUAUUUUUUGAAACAAAAUGUAACAUUUGAAGCUGUAUACGGAUGAAACGGUGCGUUGAAGGAAGGUGUAGCAGAUGUGUUGUAAAAUGAAACACAGGAAGGGACUGUAUGAAAUAUUUUACAGAGACUCAAAUAAUGAUGACACAUCAUCAAUCCUAUUUUUUCCAACUUGUAAUUUCCAUUUUACUUAAUAUGCUGAACAAACCUUGUACAUUUGGUGUGUUUUUCCCCUAGUCUUUGAGCUUUAUUAAAAUGCAGCAACUUUCAAUAUGAA